AUGCCCUCGUCACCAUUCCAAGGCCCCUACCACUUUAGCAAUCACCUACUCUUCACUCUAUCCCGCGUAGAGGCAGUCGUCACACAUGUAGUUGCUCGAGAGCGGCGCUAUGUGCGUGAUUUUCAGACAAAACAUGAAAUGGUGGGGGUACUAGAGAAGACUCCAAAGGAACUUAUGAACGAUGUGCUGAGGGAACUUGUGACGAGGGCAAGCGCGGAAAAGAGGGGGGUGGAUGGGAUGAGGGUGCUUGAGGGCGCAAAGGUUGUAGAGGAGAUGGUAAGUGUGGUGAAGAGAGCGAGAGCCAGGGUGGGCUUGGAUUGA